GUUCCGAUUUCUCCGUCAAAUUUAUCUGCAUUCAUGACAUCCGACAUCGAUCGUUAUCCUUUGUUACCGAAAAUUACUCACGAGACAACUUGCAACCUGAAAAUAAUAUAAGGCGCGUAUGGUACCUGGAAUCUAACAGGUGCUCAUUCAUUCGUUCCGAUGCAACAGUCAACACAACGCGUGCUGACCAAGUGACCGAUGUUCAGCUUGGUAAAUAAGUGGGACGGACCUCUGGUUCCAUAUGCGGAUGGGAAAAUGAAUUUCGCGUUCUAAGGAUUCGAUCAACAGUUCGGUUUCAAAUAACAUUUCGAAGUCAUGGCUGAAAAUUGGAUGUGUGAUUACAACGACCUGAUUUACGACGAAGCGUGCGUGAACAUAAAAAAAAAUUCCCAACUACCCUCAGCUUGGUUGUAUUCCCUCUCCUCCGACUGCGACGCGUGUCCGUUCACCCGAAUUGGUCCGAUAACGAACUCGCCGAACCAGAGUAUCAAGUUUCAAACAGAUGCAUCUUUGACCUGGCGAAUAAGAAGCAGCGGCGAUGAGGAAUAUAUUUCAGCUAGAAAUUCAAGUGACGUUUUGUGCGAGGUGGAGCCGAAUCUGCACCAGUUCGGGGCGUACGAGUUGGAUAUCGGUAACGAAACUUGCGAUGUCCGAACACUGAAAGAUCCUUCGAGCCUUUACAUACCUCUUUGCGUCGUCGCCGCUGCGUUAAUAUGUGUUCUGGGCGGAUGCUCGUUGUUAAGAAUUGGAAUGACCAGAUUACGAAAGAAAUUAAGAGACGAAGAUAUUAACGGAGAUGUGCAACAGCAGCAACAGCGGCAUAGUAUAAAGUUGCCCGCGGCGAAACGCCGUGUAAAAUGUAUCGACACUUUCAGAGGAAUAAGCAUUUUGCUAAUGAUAUUCGUCAACGAUGGUGCCGGAGGGUUUCGCAUACUGCAGCAUGCCACUUGGGACGGUUUACUAGUCGCUGAUUUGGUUUUUCCGUGGUUUAUGUGGAUCAUGGGGGUCUGCCUACCCAUUUCCCUGGGCUCGCAACUCUCGCGAAACAUUUCAAGGUUCUCCAUAUGCAAGGGGAUCGUCAAGCGCAGUGUUAUGCUAUUUCUGAUCGGGAUAUCACUGAACACCCUCGGAACCAUCCCUCAACUAGAGAGCAUCAGGAUAUUCGGAGUAUUGCAACGAUUCAGCUUGGUGUACUUGAUAGUUGCACUGGCCCUAGUUUCUUUCAGCCGGCGAAAACGAAUUGAGCCAAAGAAUCAAUAUUUCAAAGCCAUCAGCGAUAUUCUGGCGCUCCUGCCUCAGUGGGUGUGGAUUUCUGGUAUCGUUGCUGCCCACUUUCUCAUAACGUUUCACUUGCCGGUUCCUGGUUGUCCAACAGGCUACUUGGGGCCGGGGGGGCGUCAUGAGGAUGGAAAAUACUUUGAAUGCGCCGGCGGUGCAGCGGGAUACGUGGAUCGGAAAUUGCUCGGCGUAGAACACAUCUUUCAACGGCCAGCCGUGGAUUCUGUUUAUGGGUCAGGACCGUUCGACCCCGAAGGAAUCUUGGGCUGCCUAAGUUCGAUAUUCCAGGUUUUCCUGGGGGUCCAGGCCGGGAUGGUCCUGAGAUAUUACAAAAGCUGUAAGAGCCGAGUAUGCAGAUGGCUCAUAUGGGGUGGUAUUUGUGGCUGCGUGGGUCUCGCCCUGCAUUUCAGUGGCAGCAUACCUAUCAACAAGAGUUUGUGGUCGAUGUCUUACGUCUUGGUGACAACGAGCUUGGCGCUUUUCCUAUUCACCGUCUGUUACGUCAUUGUAGACGUGACGAAAAUAUGGCGAGGAGGUCCCUUCAGAAUUCCCGGAAUGAACGCCCUGGCGAUGUACGUGGGCCACGAACUCUGUUUCCAAAUAUUUCCCUUCCACUGGCGAUACGGCCUUAUGGGGAGCCACACUUGGGUGCUGGUCGAGGCACUCUGGGGCACCGCACUAUGGACUCUGAUCGCCUAUAUUCUUCACUGGAAGAGAAUCUACGUAUCGUUGUAAAGCUUUCAUUUCAUUUGUGAAAUUUCUUUACUUUCGUUGCUCAGAAUCAAAAUUCAUCACAUUGCAACACGUGCCCGGAAUUUACAGAGCGAUUUUUCUCAUACGGAUACUUGCGUACUGCGCUGCAAGUAUGAGUCCCGGGAAAUCAAUCUCAGGGUUACCGUGAGUAUAUUUGUAUAAAAAAAAUAUGCCGCUGAACAGAUAAAAUAUUUGGUGUUACAUAUGGUUUUAUGAAUAAUCAUUUCAUCAUUUAUUUUACACAACUUACAUAAAUUAUACAAUUUAUAUAGCUAUACGGUGUACUGUAACAUAGACGAGCGGUACUUUUUUUUUUGUGCUUUUUUUUGUGUUUUCUUUUUCAAAGAUGUGUUAUAUCCUUGAAAUGCCAUGUUGACAAGUAAACGAACGCUGUCAGUUGUCGACACACCCGUGAAUGAAUAAAAACCGCAAUGGCUUAUCCGAUUAAA